AUGGAUCCCUUAACUAGGUACAAAAUGAAAUUAGAAAAAGAUAAAUAACAUUUAUAGGAGUAUGAGAGGAUUCAGAAGGAAAAAGAAUUCUAGAAUGAAAUGAAAUUAAGACAGAAAAAUGACAAAUAUAAUAAUAUUUAACAAAAGCAAGAUAGAUAAAAAGAAAUAGGCAGACUCAAAGCGGAAUUAAGGAAAAAUCAUAUAGAUCGCACGUUGUUUCAAAGUUAAUAAAUUGAAUAAGAGAAGUUGAAUGUAUUAAUUAUAAUUUAGAUUGUUUAGGGAUAUUAAAAGAAAAUUGCUAAGACUCUGGAUAACUUAGAGAAAUACGAGAAUGGAUAUCAUAAAGAUUACUNAAAUGCUUGA